GAUCUCACGCAAUGCUGCGGCCACCAGCACCUCCUCACCUCCUCUUUCAUUUGUCUUGUUUGUUAACUUUUCUUGUGUUGUUUUGAGGAUUCCUGAUCAAGUUUGGAUUCGAUCCCAACAUGUUAGGCAAAACUCCGACCAAGCGCAAAUAUUCAGGACCAGGAGAUCAAACUCAACAACCAAAGCGCCCAAAGAAAUCUCUGGCUGAUGAUUUGAUCUGUCCCAUCAGUUUGGAGUUGCCCUUGGACCCUGUUACAGCUGAGGAUGGGCGUGUCUAUGAUCGCGAAAGUAUUGAGGAGCAUUUCAAGACCACCAAUCAAGGGACUCUCAAAUCCCCCAUUACCAGAGAAAAGAUGGGUAGCAAGCUUCUGCCUGCAAUCCAGCACCGAAACACCAUUGAGGCUUUGAUCGACGCUCAUAUCAUUGAAAAAGGUCUGGCUACCAAAUGGAGGCAAAGGAUGCAUCAGAAGAAGCAAAUGGACAAGUUGUUCAAGAAGGCAGAGGCUGGAGAUGGCGAAGCAAUGUAUAACAUUGGAUACAACUUUGAGAGAGGGCAAGAUGGCUUCAAGCGUGAUCCCAAAUUGGCGUUUCCGUGGUUCAAGAGAGCCAGUGAAGCUGGGCAUGUACUCUCAACAGCAGUAAUUGGUAACUGUUACCUGCAAGGCUUUGCUGUUGACAAGUGCCUUUACAAGGGCAUCAUGUUUGUUACUACUGGCGCCAACAAAGGCUCGCCCUGGGCAGCAUACCUUUUGGGAAUGGCAUUUGCAGAUGGCCAACAUGGUGUCACUGUGGAUCGGUCAGUGGCCAUCCAUUGGCUAAGGCAGGCACUUAAGAACCAAACUACUACUAUGUUGAGUGCUGUUAACAUCAGGGAGACGAUACAGAAGCUGAAGGAGCUGAAAGCCAAACAAGGCAGCUUUACUUCCCCCUAAGUCUACUUCCUACAUAGCAUGCUUGGAAAUGCUGGCAAUUGCAUGGUGGAAGCACUGAGAUUUCUUGCACUGUGUCAUCCUUCUGUUGUAUUCAAAAAUUUGCCCCUGGCUCGGUGUGCUGACCACAAUAGGUACCGUAGGUGUUGUUCUCAGUUACCGGAAAAGCCAAAUAGAUAAACUAAAGUUUGCAGAGUAGUGCCUCUUCAGUUUCUGUUACAGCUAUGUUCUUCAUUCCUCCGUUC